AUGGACAGAACCCUUUUCACUCCCAAAGGAGCACACUACUACUUCCAGUACCCUAACCAGCAGAUAAGCAAUGGUGCUCAGGCAGAAAUGCAAAGCACCAAUCAGCCCCAGAGCAGCCACACAUCCACAAGCUGGUCGUCAGAUUCAGGUGAGCCUUGUGCCUCUGGGAAAUGGGCCAUGGGGCUUCUCCGGGAGUGUGCGAGAGCAAUCUCAGAGAAGGAUUCCUGCAAGAUCCAUCACCUUCUUUGGAUGUUAAACGAGCUUGCAUCUCCUUAUGGGGACUGCGAUCAAAAACUAGCCUCUUACUUCUUGCAAGCUCUCUUUUGCAAGGCAACAGAAUCAGGUCAACGAUGCUAUAAAACCCUCACUUCAGUCGCUGAGAAGAGCUAUUCUUUUGAUUCCGCUAGGAAUUUAAUACUAAGGUUUCAAGAGGUAAGUCCUUGGACAACUUUUGGUCAUGUAGCUUCAAAUGGAGCUAUCUUGGAGGCCUUAGAAGGAGAGAGCAAACUUCACAUAAUUGACAUAAGCAACACACUUUGUACCCAGUGGCCUACUUUGCUAGAAGCUUUGGCCACAAGAAAUGAUGAGACGCCAAGUCUAAAGCUCACCGUUGUGGUAACAAUUAACCUCAUAAGAUCAGUCAUGAAGGAGGUAGGCCAAAGAAUGGAGAAGUUUGCAAGGUUAAUGAGAGUGCCCUUUGAAUUUAAUGUUAUAAGUGGGUUAAGCCACUUAGGAGAGCUCACAAAGGAGGGACUUGGUGUUCAAGAAGACGAGGCAACUGCUGUGAAUUGUAUCGGGGCCUUGCGAAGAGUUGAAGUUGAGGAAAGGGAAGCUGUGAUUCGGAUGCUGCAUUCACUUCGACCUCGAGUUGUGACUGUUGUCGAGGAAGAAGCUGAUUUUUCCAGCACAAGAUCUGACUUUGUCAAAUGCUUCGAAGAGUGCCUUCGAUUUUAUGCACUCUAUUUUGAGAUGCUAGACGAGAGCUUUGUCCCAACUAACAAUGAGAGACUCAUGUUGGAGAGAGAGUGCUCGAGGAGCAUAGUUAGAAUUUUGGCUUGCGACAAUGAUGAUGAGAAUGGAGGAGAAGAGUGUGAGAGAAGAGAGAGAGGAAGCCAAUGGUCCGAGAGGCUCAAAGAGUCAUUUGUGCCAUUUGGUUUUAGCGAUGAUGUCGUUGACGAUGUUAAGGCACUGCUAAGGAGGUACCGGGCUGGUUGGGCACUUGUGCUACCUCAAGGAGAUCAUGAGUCAGGAAUCUAUUUGACAUGGAAAGAGGAUCCAGUAAUCUGGGCUUCAGCAUGGAAACCCUAAAAAGUGUUGAA